ACAGCGCAGCAGAGAGAGGAAGAGAGAGGGGGAGAGAGGACAUACAGUCAGGCUGUAGCCCGAACAGCAUCUCAGUGACUAACCACUGAUUACUUGUAAUGCACCAGCACUGAUAGUGCAACCAACCAGAGGCACAAUGGCUGCUGGGUUGAGGCUGGUGAUAUUGCUGUUAUUGCUCCUGUGCUGUUGGCAACUGACCACAUCCAUAGACGGGAAAUCCCCAAAGAAGGGAAAAAAAGGCAAGCAAGUUGUCUGUCCAUCCCAGUUGUCGCCAGAAGAUUUGGCCCAGGUUCCGGCUAACUCUACCUCCAAUAUCUUGAACCGUCUGAUGGUCAGUUAUGACCCAAGAAUUAGGCCCAACUUUCAAGGUAUCCCAGUUGAGUCCAAGGUGAACAUUUUCAUUAACAGCUUUGGGUCCAUCCAGGAGACAACUAUGGACUACAGAGUGAAUAUAUUCCUUCGUCAGAGAUGGAAUGACCCACGCCUAAGACUUCCGACUGACUUUAAGAGUGAAGCACUAACUGUGGACCCAAAUAUGUUCCAGUGUUUGUGGAAACCUGACCUUUUCUUUGCCAAUGAGAAAAAUGCUAACUUCCAUGAUGUCACACAGGACAACAUUCUGCUCUUCAUCUUCAGGAACGGAGAUGUAUUGAUCAGUAUGAGGCUGUCGGUGACGCUGUCUUGUCCCUUGGAUCUUAAACUUUUCCCAAUGGACACGCAGUUGUGUAAGAUGCAGCUGGAGAGCUUUGGCUAUACCACCAGUGAUCUAGUGUUCAUGUGGCAGUCUGACCCGGUUCAGAUGGAGGAGAUUGCUCUUCCUCAGUUCGACAUCAAACAAGAGGACAUAAAAUAUGGAAACUGCACAAAGUUCUACCAAGGAACAGGAUACUACACCUGCGUUGAAGUGAUUUUUACAUUGCGUCGGCAGGUUGGUUUCUAUUUGAUGGGAGUUUAUGCCCCAACUUUGCUGAUUGUCGUUCUGUCUUGGUUAUCAUUCUGGAUAAACCCCGAUGCUUCUGCUGCAAGGGUGCCACUGGGUAUUUUAUCAGUACUCUCACUGUCCAGUGAGAGUAUGCUCUUGGCGUCAGAGCUUCCGAAGGUCUCUUAUGUAAAGGCCAUUGAUAUCUGGCUCAUUGCCUGUCUGCUUUUUGGAUUUUCGUCUCUUGUGGAAUAUGCUGUGGUGCAGGUGAUGCUGAACAGCCCCAGACGGAUUGAGGAGGAGAAAACCAAAAUGGCCACAAAGGAAAAAGCUUUGCAAGAGAAAGAAGGAAAGAAGCAGUCAAAUAAAACCAACAACACGGUGAAUGGGACAGGUGGAACACCCAUACAUGUCAACACACUGCAGGUGGUUGAAACUCGCUGUAAGAAAGUUUGCACCUCCAAGUCCGACCUUCGAUCCAAUGACUUCAGCAUCGUGGGAUCUUUACCUCGAGACUUUGAACUUUCCAACUUUGACUGUUAUGGUAAACCAGUCGAAGUGAUGGGGGCUCUCAAGUCUCAAAACAAAGCCAACAAGAAGCCCCCGCCUCCGAAGCCUGUCAUACCUGCUGCUGCCAAACGCGUUGACCUCUAUGCAAGAGCCCUCUUCCCUUUCACUUUCCUCUUCUUCAAUGUUGUCUACUGGUCGGUCUAUCUGUGAGAAGGGGCUGAGUGGAAAUAACAUUUGUAUCCUGAUACAUACUGACGAACUGAUAUUCAUUUUAAACUGAACCGGAAAAAAAAAAAUAUUUAUGCAAAUUCAUAUACAGAACUCCAUACUGGUAAAAGAAAUAGAGCUACACAGGCUGCUGGUCCCUGAGAGUAUGUGUAAUUUGGCACAACUAUAAAGGCUUGGGGCUGUUGGCAUUUAGCAGGUACAGUACUGCAUGUGUGUCUCUGUCAUGAUGUUGUGUUUCAUAUAAAUUAAACCUUGAUGUGGUUCCACCAAUACCCCUAUGCUGUAUAUUCGAAAUAAAUGCUUUUCACUAUGGGUAGGAUUACUGGUUACUCUAAAAAGUUUUAGAACUCAGAAAUUGACUUAACUUACUCAAUAACAGUUGAUAAAGAAAUAUUUAUAAAAAAAAAUGUAUACACAGAAUAAAUGGAUCAAUUACUUAGUUACAAAAUUACUUUAUACCUAAAUUUGAAAUUUUGUUUCUGCCACCAUGACAGAACCCAAUAUAUGCUCUAUGUGAUCCAUUUGAAGCCAAAUUAAUAAUAUAUUUCUCAUGUUAUAAUUAUAGUAGUUAUUAUAAUUAUGAAUUAAAGUUAUUAUGAAUGAUAAUAAAAAUGUUUCAUCAUAUAAAAAGAUGAAGUCAUAUAGUAUACUGUGCUGUAAAAAAGAAAAAUGAACAUGAAAAAUAUAACGUGGAAAGGAGCGCCUAUAUGAAAAAUGAAUACUGUCUAGUUAGAUGGUGGCAGCAACAUGCUGCUGUAUGAAAUACCAUAUUUCACUAAUCUAAUAGCACUUUGUCAUCAAUUAUUAACAGUCCUUACCAUUUACGAUGCAAGAAACAUAUUAUUUUUUACAUGUUUGAACAUAUUAUUUUUAAUAUUUUUAUUAAAUUCCCCGUCAUGUAGGGAUAAAGUUGUUUGAAUUGACAUGUCACUGUAUGUUUCAGGAGUCACAUGUAACAUCCUAACACUGACAAAUAGGCCUCCUGGAGCCACAACUUAAACUCAACAGGAAGUCAUCCAUUUUGAAUUUCCCGUGUCAUAUUUCAACAAAUUCUUCCAAAAGGAGAUUGAUCAACAUUGAUCUGUCGAUCAGAUCGAUGUUCAUUUUAUAAAGCAAUCACAAAAGGGCACAGAAAUUCGAGAUUUGUUUUUCUAUUCGAUAUAGGGCUGUUUAAAAACUCCAUAAAUUCUGCAUGAGUAUUUGUCUUGGGUUUGGAACAGAAUUGCUCAAGGACCACCCCUGGAAAAUGUAAAUGAAAUGGCCCUGGUGUUAUUCACCUGAGUCACACACAUGUAGGAAUUUCAUCAGUCACAUGUAACAUCCCACAACUUACAAAUAAGGUUCUUGGAGCCACACCCUCAACUCAACAGGAAGUCUGACAUUUUUGAAUUUACUGUUGGAAUUUUUGCCAUUUAUAGGGGUCAUACUUUAACGAACUCGCUGAAGAGAUGAUCAAAUUGAUUGGUCAAUGCAUUCCAAAAACCUUUGCGAUCCUAAAUCAUGGCGCUUUUCUGCUUUUGUUGAACAACAUGGCCCUUGGUGACAUGGCACUAUAACUAAAAUAUACAUUGUCCAAUCUGCCCCAAACUUCAAUUAAGUGUGAGACCUGAUCUGAAGACGUCGACAUGCCCAUAUUGAGGUGUAGUCAUACAGUAGCGCUAUCUGUCGGCAACGGGAAAUGACAUGUUUUAUACCCCGAGCGGGUCAGAAAAGUCUUAAGAUUAUGAUGAUCCUUUAUUAUGAAGACUGGGAGUUUUCAUUGAAUAGCAUUGCCCUGCAGGUGCAGUAAAUGUCCAUAUUUUAUGGGAAAGAAGAGGAUGUAACUAAAAUGUGCAUUAUCCAAUCCAAACAAAACUUAACGUUAAAUAGGAGUCCCAACCUGAAGACAUCUAUAUGCCACUUUCUGGCUACAGGAAAUGACUGUUUUGUACUUGAUGUAAUUGCUCUUUGUCUUGCUCCAUGACAGCUCUCAAAAGUGAAGUCAAAUCCCCCGGAUCACCCUCUGGUGGCUGGCUGCAGUAUAGAUCAUACACCCUGCCUCCUGCAUGUUAGCAAAAAGGACAUGGGACAAAAGAAAAAGUCAAAGUUACCAUUAAAUAAUUUUUUCCCAGAGAUGUUUUCUGUCAUUUUAUGUAGUCCUUAUCACACCAUUGCACCUUCAAGUGUUCAUGCUUUGGAUAAGUUUGGUUUUAAUAAGUUAUAUGAUGCUAUAAAAACUGUAAAAUAUUGGCUUGACAGCUGAGACUGACUUGUGAUUAGUCAAGUGUGUGUCAGUGGGACCUCGAUAGAAUGGCUCCACUCCACAGUCACUACUCUGCAGACUCAGGGUUCCGAAUGACGCCAAAGGCAUCAAGAUGGCGAUUGUGCGAUGGUCUGCUAGUGGAAUGCUCUGCUGCGCGGUGUGUAAGCCUCACUCGCCGACAGACUAGAAGGCGUGGUAGCGACAGUGGCAAGAAAAUGCCUGUUUUGCAUCAUUGUUAUCGCGUGUGUCUAAUGUGCUGAAGGUCAUGAGUUCAAAGCCGUCCUGUGGCACACGGUUGUCCUCUUCUCUUCUGUCCCCCCCCCCCCCCCCACAAAUCGCACCCCGAACAUUACUAUAUUAAAAUGAAUGAAGACAAAUUAAUUAUUGCACUUAUUUUUGAUCAUUCACACCCAUUCGUCCCUGUUUAAAUUAUCACGCUGGCUGCUCCGAGGGCUUGGCUCAGCUACUAAUGCCACACACACACACACACACACACACACAGACCAGACACCACAGCAGAGACACUGCAGUGGGGUCAGUGAACCAGGUGACGUUUAGCUGUACCUGCAGGCGGUGAAUCACCGCAGCAGCAGAGGGAAGAGGACUGAUAUGACUUAUGAUACUGACUGGUGUGUGUGUUUUUGUUUUUUUUUACCAAAACUUGGCUCAGUAUUUUAUUGUCAAAAAUAUAUUUUUUAAGUUUUAAGUUUUUUUAAAAGUUUUUUUCAGCAUUGAGUGCAUUACACAUUUUGUAUGACUUCCUGUGUCCACUAUGAGGUGCUGGAGAACACACUGAAAAUGAAUAAGGUUAACGGGGUGACAUACAUAUUUGUUUUGCAUUAUUUCCAUGUAUCGCUUUGCUCUAUAAAACCUAUUUAGUUAGAAUGCACUUUCAUCGUUUGUCUUACCCUCUAAAUGCAACUGACUGAAGGUUUUUACAUCUCCCUCAAAUAAUGAUAAGAAAUGAUCCUUUAACUCAUUAGGAAGGCUGGUGCACAUUCCUAAUCAAUGUAAAACUAGUAUAUUUUAUUAGAAAAAACUUUAUUCUAUUUAGAAAUUAUAGAUAUGAAUUUUAUAGGGAAGGCAAAACUAAUAAUGUUGUGCAAGUAGAAGCCUCUUUAAUGUGAAACAUUUAAGUGGGAUAGUGGAAAUGGGAUACUCUCUGGGAGACUCAAAAAUGAUUUAGAUUUUUUACAAUCAUGACUCAGUUGUUGAUAAAUCACAAUAUGAUUUUAGUUAGGACGCAGUUAUUGUUUCAUUCCAGUUGCUAUGCAUUUGAUGUUUUAAAAUCUUGAAAAACCUUUUUGAUGAAUAAAUUUGGAUAUUUGGAUUAUUAUUUCAUGGACUUAAACUAAGGUUUCUUUUCAGUGUAUCAAACCAAAACAUGACUUUGUUGUUGUUGAAUCUUACCAAAUGACUGUACUGUACCGAACAUUCUCCCAUGUCAUGUAUUACUUUACUUCUUCAUUCAAUGGACUGCUGACUGAAACGCAUUUUGUUGUAAAGAUUGUUUUGAUUGAAAUAAACAUGUAAUUAUUCUGUA